AUGGACAUGCGGUCGAAGGCGUACCCGGCGCUACCGGAUGGUCGCGGCCUACGCCUAGUGAUUCCGCGUGCUGGAGACUUACGCUUCCGCCCGCAGAUCCCCGCAACCUUCUCACAAAGGCUGUACAUCCACGCGGAUCCGCGCCGCCGCUUCUGGUACGCUCGCUUCCAAGUGCGGCGCAAAUUUAUCGUUAUGUCCACCCAGGGAGACUUGUACGCGAAGACCAGCGUGGCUACCUUCACGAUGGCUGACCUACCCAAGAAAAAUGUGCUCAGUAUGCCCCGUGUUGCGCGCGGAGACCUCGUUAAGGUCUUGGACCUCGUGCAAUGCUCCAGAAGUGAGGGGCAGCAAUGGGAGCUCGUAUUCGCGCGCUGGCGCAACGGCAUGGAGACGUGGCUGCCACUGGAAGUGGCUCAACUUUACGCGACCAAUCUGCUGCAGGAAUUCUACGUCAACAGCGUCAACUCAUGGGCCUUUCACUCCCGCUUACAGCCAGAGAGCCUCUUGGCUUUCCGGACGGAGGUGGAGCUGUGGCUUUUCCACACGGAGUUUCAGGAAUUCUACAAGCGAUUACGUCAGAAGCGAGCAAGUGGCAGCACAGUGGCACAAGCGCAGCAGCAAUCAUCACAGACGCCGGAUCGGAAGCCGUGA